AAAGUUUUUCCUUUAUUGUUUUCCGAACAUUGUGUUUUCAUCUCAGGGUAUUGGAUGUUUCUUGAACCAUUUCGUCAAGUUUCUUUUGGUUCUCUCGUCUUUUAUAUGCCUUCCAGAAUCCGGAGCAUCAAACUUUUAUAUGUUCAACCAGGCUGUGAAACACCUCUAUGGUUGAUAGAGGCGGAGAUCCAAGAGCCGUGCAAGAGCAAGCUCCUCACUCUCCAGUCGUGCUUGCCUUACGUCACGGGCAAGGCCAGCAGUCCCACCUCGGACUGUUGCGGCGCCCUCAAGACUAUCCGAGCUGGCGACCCGGUUUGUCUGUGCGAGCUCAUCAGCGAUGGAGGCUCUUCCUACGUCUCGGGCCUCAACAUCACCACUUUGCUCGCUCUACCGGUGAUUUGCAGUGUGGAUGCCGAUGCUUCCAAAUGCCCAGAGUUGCUGAAUGGAGCUCCACCACCAAAAAGUAGCUCUUCGCAAACCAUGGUUGUCGCUAGAACGACAUGGAUACUACUAGUGUCCUUGUUCGUUUAGAAGAAGUUGUGUCAACGUGAA